CUUGCCACAUUACUGCCGAUCAAGUUGCUCUUGAAGGCAUCUGAGAAGUCUCUUUUGACUUAGCGAUGACUAUGGAAUGGCUUACAGUGUUCUCAAGAUUUACUGCAUGCUUCCUUUCCUGUUUCUUGCAAUUUGUUUAUGGGCACAAAGACAAAGACAAUCUCCAACUAGAAAGCAAGCAAAUUUGGCAGCCACCUGUAUUGUUGAACCAUGAAACAUCUUUGGAAAGCAACUCAGUGGAAUCUUCUCCAAAGGCAUUAGGUUCUGGAACUGCUGGGCCUUCCAUCCUUGUUAGAGGAAUCUCAAAACCAUUGCCUAGCAACCAGUUGGAGUGCAUUUAUGAUGCCAGAUGAAUCCAUAUUGGAGCCCCAUGAUGAGCAGCGGAAAGAACCAUGGAGACAAGUCCAAGUAUUUGAGGCCUUCUGUGUAUGAGUAAGAUGAAAUAAUGCAAUUGCACAAGAAAGCAGAAACAUCUAGCCUCAAAAUGAAGAGGAGAUCGUAAGCUGACUCCCAUCCAGACACCAACUAGAGGACCAUUUUUUCUCCUUGCAACUGAUGGCUUCCAGGUCAACAAAGAUGCCAGAUGACUUCAGUAUAUAUUAUCUUCUCAAGGGUGUCCUGCCCUUGGAGCCUUCGGAGGAGCCUAUGGAUGAAUCCAGAGAUGAGACAAACCCACAGUACCAAGGACUAACCGGCCUACGAAACCUGGGCAAUACCUGUUAUAUGAAUGCUGUGAUACAGUGCCUCUGCAGUGUAUCUCCACUGGUAGAAUAUUUCCUGUCUGGCAAAUACACAGCAUCACUGGACAAGGAGAAUGGAGAGAUUGCAACCGCUUUUGCUUACCUGAUGAAUGACAUGUGGCUCGGGGACUUUGACUGCGUAUCCCCAGAGGUGUUUAGACUGGUAAUUGGGGAGCGGUACCCUGCUUUCACCAAGAAAACCCAACAGGAUGCUCAGGAGUUUCUGAUUUAUGUGUUGAACGAACUGCAUGAAGCACUCAAGAAGACAAGUAAGAGAAAGAACCAAGGGACCUCAUCUACUGCUUGGGAACCCAGGAGUUAUGUCAGCGAAUCCUCCAUUAUCACCCGGCUUUUUGAAGGACAUCUUAGUUAUGACAUUAUGUGUUUGGAGUGUCAUACCACCACCUACAAAAAUGAGAUCUUCACUGUCUUGUCACUUCCCAUCCCAUAUGAAACUGAAUGUUCGCUAGAGGAAUGUCUUGAAUGCUUCUUUCAACAAGACAUGCUCACAUGGAACAACCAGAUUAACUGUUCAUGCUGUGGGAUCAAGACGGAUGCUGCAGUAAAAGCAAGCAUUGCCAAGGCACCCAAGUUAGUUAUUUUCCACCUGAAGAGGUUUGACUGUCAAGGAAGUUACAAAAAGAAACUGAAAACAGACAUCUACUAUCCACUGAAUAACUUAGAUUUGUCUCCUUACAUAUAUCCACUCUUUCGAAAAAACCCAAAAUAUAGCUUAUUUGCUGUGGUGAAUCACUUUGGAGAUCUGGAUGGUGGCCAUUACACAUCGUUCUGUAAGCACACACCGACCCAAAGCUGGUACAACUUUGAUGACUCUCAGAUCAGCGAGAUUCCAGAGUCUACUGUACAAACGUCUGCAGCUUAUCUCCUGUUUUACAGCAGCCAAACUUUCUCUGUGCCUGUCAAAAACCAAAGCAGCUAGGAAGCAAUGACAACAGUUAAGUAGGACCCACUGAAACUUUGGCAAAUAUCCACUGACCUGGCCAAGCUCUGAAUCAUCAUCAAAGAAGAACAGCUGCAUUUCUUCCUGUUUGCGUUUGGACUAUACUUAGCAAUCUAGGCAUUGGCUCCUGCAGCACUACUUUCCUCAUUGAAAAGAGGAGUGCUGACUGUGAACACAUUUCUGGUAAGCUCUCACAGUAUGUGACCCCAAGCUAAAUAAAUUCUUCCUGAGCAGCUA